AUGCCGCGCAAAUCAAAGCGAAGCAUGGUUGGGAUGCUCUGGGAACCUUGCAACGAGCCAAAUAUCAACGGCAACCAUCCUGCACUUCUGGCUUCUUUGCGCUGCAACGGAGACGUGCAAUUGCCUUUUCGGUUUCCAAUCACCGUGGACACACAUGACCGCAGUUGCAGCAGUGAGCAGUGCGAUACCAAGAUGCCCUUGUGGACUCUGGCGCGUGAAGCUCAGAUCAACCAGUCGGCCCAGGUGGGCUAUAUGUGCGACUAUCAGAACAAGCGCCUCAAGGUAGCUACGCGUGAAGUCAAGGAAUGGAUGAGAGGUCAAAGAGAGCUUGGCGUGGACUUGGAAGGGAAGCCAACAGGAUACUUGGGCGCUCGUGUGAGCAAGAGGCUUUGCGCGGACCUGUUUGCUCGCGGAGUUUGUCGAGGAGCGGUCGAGUGCGCAAAUUUGCUUUUGCACGCUGAGAGCAAAGAUCCCACUUCUGCUGAAAGCAUCAAGACUGCACCUCUCACCGACAUUGCGCUUGUCUACCCCAUACAAUUGCUGCAGGCCGUAAGAGCACAGGAGCAUUGGCCAAAGGAAACUACCAGGGCCAUCGUGGACAAGCGCUGUGAUACCCCGAGGAAAAUCACAGAGUGUCCUUUCUGGACUGUCUAUGGCGCAAGAGGACGGCGCCCCAAGGUACACAUGCUUUCAGCGUAUGAGUUCGCGCGGGAAUUCGACUUCGAUCUGGCGACCCAUCCAUUGAGCAUGAAGACCCAUCAAGCCCAGCUGCAAGACCUUCAGAAGUACCAUGCCGUGUUGACAGCUCAGGGCAUCGAGGAAGUAGGCAAUUGCAGGCGACGACACCUCCGACCUCAAACGCAUUAUGUCAUCCAAGAAGAGGGUGGCCCAGCGUGGUUACCGUUGGGCCACGGGGAAUAUGCCCAGCCAUACCGGCAUGACUGGGUGAUGGUGCAGCGCAAACGACCCUACGUGCCCGUGCUCUACGGCGCGCAAGGCAGCAGGAACGAAGACGACAUGGCCAUGCGCAUCCUUGCCCUAUUCUUUCCUUGGGUGAAUGAUGUUCAAGACUCUUCCGAUGCUGUGCCCUACAUCGCUGACCUUUGGCCUUCGGAUGCUCGUAGCUGGCGUGAAGCGCUGUGUAUGCAAGUGAAUAGACGGGGGUAUCCUACGCAGGAGGUGAAGCGCUUUGUUCUCGAUUUCUGCUUCACUUAUUGCCUACCUCGAGAGUAUCAGCUGAUUGACGGCUUGGCAGAAGACAGCGACAACGAAGAUAUCGAAGACGACGUCAACUUUGCGCUGGAUGAGGAGGACGUUCUGGAGGCCGUUCAGACGCACAUCAAGGGCAGCCAGCGGAGGAAAGCAUGA